UUCUUAGUUUAAUUACUUUACCUAAUUAUGGAUUAUAUGUACAUAAACUAGGUGAACGUAAAUUAGACAAACAUGAAUUAGGUGGACGUAAAUUAGACGAACAUGAAUUAGAUGGACGUAAAUUAGAAGAGCAUAAAUUAGAAGAGUAUAAAUUAGAAAAAAGACAAGCGACGGCCUCAAUUGGAGAAGACUUUAUGUAA